CGACCCCAGCCAGUAUGACUGGAGUCGGGUCUUGCGUGAAGACCAGUCUCUGGCCUACACCAGGAAAUGCCUAUAACUUCUAAAUAUUGAAGUUCUUAUAAUGGCAUUUAUGUAUUGCCUAUUGAAAGGAGGCAGAUAAAAUUUAUAUUCAAGUCAGCCACUAGCAAGCAUGAGAGGAGGAUUUGUGAGUAGGAUGGUGGGAUUUACGGAAGAAAGAGAGGGGGGAAAGAAGGAAGAAAGAAAAGUCACAAAAGAAUUAAGAGAGCAGGAGGUAUUUAUACCUUCUCUCACGUGCAGCAAACGCGCUAAUGCUAAGCGAGGAUUCAUCUCGCAUAAGUGACUGGCUUAAACAGUCACGUUGACCUUCCAGAUAGGUGUUCCAGAUGUUCCAGCCAGUAACAAAAAAAGGCCACCUAUGGUAUUUGUGUCUAGAGAAACAUCUAGCAAGAGGCCAGUAUAAGAUAUACUACAGUACAGAUCAUAUGUAGCCAAACAGAAGGAGGCGCUUUUAUAGAGUAUAGGAAAUUUAUUAAAAGGUAGAUGUAUUUGAAGCAUGAGCACUCCUUCAGCCAGACACAUGUAUCUACCUCUAGGGAAUAGACAUUAACCCAUCCUCAGAUUGAUGUCCUAGUUUAAGGGGUAUAAUUAAAUAAAGCAAAGGUAUAGUAUACUCAUGUAGAAUAAGCUGUUCUCAUCAUUCUUCGUCAUGUAAAGUAGGGUAACAGAAACCGAUAUUGAAGAUUUAGAUUGGAGAUUUCUUCCAUUCCCCGAAUAGAAUAGGUGUUGGUGUUUUCAUGCCGUCAACUUCUAUCCAGUUGAUUUACAAUCAGCUAAAUAGGUGGGUAUAAGGCAUCAAUGAGUGGUGCUGAGUUCUGGAAAGUAAAUGGCCUCCAGCCUUUGCUUCGUUGAUGCUUCUCAACAUUGACUUUGAAAAAAAAUCUUUAUCCAACUCUGCAUAUUGUACCACGUGACUAAUAAUUAUUACAUAAGCUAGUGACGUUUUGGCUUUCAGGCGCCCGUGAUGCGCUUUUGCAGGAAGCCGGCGUUGGUUGACCAAAGGCAUAACAACCGCAUACUCAACAUUGACCCUGACAAGGGCUGGCUGUCAUUUCUAACUUGUGCAUCUCCGAGAAACUCCCAAAUCUGCUUGAUUUGUCAAACAUUUAGAACCCCGGAUAUCCCACGACUGACUACACGGAUACUUCCACCAUGGACGACUCAGACAACCGUCUAUUCCGGUUUACCAAGUGGUUUAACAAUGCCAACACUCGUACAUCUGGCAUAUAUGCCUCUGGUGCAUUAUUCUCCAUCGGCCUCUUCUUCCUUAUCGACGCAGCUUCAUUCUCUCACAGCCCCAAAAAUGGUUCAGAGGUGCAUGUGAAGUUCGUAGACUGGAUCCCCGGCAUCUGCUCUGCCUUGGGGAUGCUCGUCAUCAACUCUAUUGAAAAGUCGCGCCUGAGUGCAGAUAGCUUCAGCUAUUCUGGGGAUAGCGUGGCCUGGAAGGCGAGAUUUGUGCUAUUCUUGGGCUUUGCGUUGUUGGCUGGUGGACUGGCUGGGAGUGUAACGGUCCUGGUUCUGAAAUACGUCAUCCACGGUUACCCGCUACAGACACUUUACUUUGGUAUUGCGAACGUCGUUGCUAACGCACUGGUGAUGAUGAGCUCUGCCGUCCUGUGGAUUGCACAAAAUAUGGAAGAUGACUAUACCUAUACCCUUGCUCUAUAAUACCGGAGCCAUCGUCUUCGAGUUCACUCUGUUCGGCUUGUUUCCAUCGUUAUGUUAUCCAUGUUUUCCUGUUUCGUAUUUAUUGUUCCUCUUGUAGAAUAUUUUGAGUAAUGAUACUAUUAUAAACU